AUGUCCUCCUCGUCGUCGUCUUCUGAAGAUGAGCUCCCCAAACAGGAGGUAAAACAAGAGAAAAAGUCUAAGAAAAGACAGUCGGAAGCUACUGAAGAGCAAAAGCCAAAGAAAGCGAAGGCUGAAGAAGUUACUGGCAGAAUGAAAGAUUCGGACGGAAAUGAGAUGUUCGAGUUCGGAAAUUUGAGAUACGCAACAGUCAGCAAUUUCAAAGGAAAGGAGUACGUCAAUAUCAGAGAGUACUACGUCGAUAAAAACUCGGGAAAAAUGAUGCCGAGUCGCAAAGGCAUCUCGUUGAACAAGGCACAAUGGGCAAACUUGAAGGAUCUGAUUCCGGAAAUCGACAAAAAAUUCUAA